AGUAGAAGCUGAUAAAAGCAUUUCCUCUCAGGUGACGCUGUAGGUUCCGAUUAGCAGCGGGGGCACGAUGGACUUACGCCAGUUCAUUUGGUCGAUUGUUCUGGCAAGUCUGAGAAUUUCCCGAGGGCAAAGUUUAGGAUGCCACCAUGGCCAGUGGCAGUGUGAUGAUGGAAAAUGUAUCCCUGAUGUCUGGAGAUGUGACGGAGAUGGAGACUGUCUUGAUGGAUCUGAUGAAAUGGAUUGCCUUGCACUUCCAGGCUCUAAUGAAUGUCCGCCGGGUCAGUUUUCUUGUGUUGACUCUGUCGGCUGUGUUGAUGCAUCAGCCCGCUGUGACGGCCAAAUCCAGUGUCCAACCGGCUCUGAUGAGGAGAACUGUGUAGCUACAGAGGGCUGUUUGGUUUCUGACUGGACCUGUCAAAACCACAUCUGUAUCCCCAAAGAGCUGCGCUGCAAUGGACUGAAUGACUGCCUGGACAACUCUGAUGAAGACGAUUGUGGUUUAUGUGGUGAGAACGGCAUACGGUGUCCUGAGGGGACGUGUCUGAGUGCUGAAAGGAGGUGUGAUGGGACGAUUCAUUGCGCCGAUGGGAGUGAUGAGCCCAUAACCUGCGGUCGUCUUUGCUCCAUGAACAAUGGCGGCUGUAGCCAUGUGUGUGACGAUGAAUCCUGGGGAACUCUGUGUGCCUGUCCUGAUGGAUAUAAGCUCUCUCCCAAUGGAGCGGUCUGCGAAGAUUUGGAUGAAUGUGCCCCACCCUUUGGCCCUUGUAUGCAUCACUGCAUUAACACUGUUGGAUCCUACUAUUGCCACUGCAGAGAAGGCUUCAAACUGAGUGGAGGCUCCACAUGUCUAGCUACAGGAAAUGCUACCAGACUACUAACUGUGCUGAGGGGCUCUAUCGGCCUAUUGAAUGUGAAGUCUCAACAGUUUGAAGUUGUCCACACUCCAGUGUCUGACCCAGUGGCCUUGACUUUUGACGUUGCCCAAGGCUGGUUCUUCUGGGCUGACAACCAUGGCAGCAUUUACAAAAGUGAUCGAGAGCACGGCUGGACAAUCUAUAUUGGGGAGCCUGGAAUCAAGGGUCUAGCCUAUGAUUGGCUGAAUGGAAACCUGUUCUGGACCAAUCAGAAGACUGAGUCAAUCUACAUGCAAGCAGCUGAUGAGACAAGUCACACUACUGUGCUGAGAAAAAACAUCAGUCCAUCAGAGUUGGUGCUUUUACCUGUAGAGAGCAUGAUGUUCUGGAUCAAUGCCGGCCACGGUGACAGAGUGACGAUAGAGAAGUCAUGGAUGGAUGGAUCAGAGAGAAGCACUUUGACUGUUCUCACGGCUCAGUCUCCCCACAGCCUCACUGCUGAUGUGGCUGCCAGGAGGCUUUACUGGCUCAGCGGCUUCAAGAAGUCUAUAGAGACAGCGAAGGUGGACGGGACUGGACGGCAUUCCUUCACAGGACUGUUCAACAGGGGACUGCCUCGCAGCCUUGCUGUGUUUGAAAGUUUGUUCUACUGGGUGGAUGACAAAGCACUGUGGCAGGCUCCACAGAACCAACCAAACCCAACGCAAUUUAUCUUAAAAGCCACACUGCCAAUAUUAGCUGUUUACCAUGAGCUACAGCAGCCACAAGGUUCUUCUGCAUGUGUAAAGACUCCAUGUCAACUGUGCCAGCUAACUAAAGGCAACCCUGUCGGCUUCACCUGUGUUUGUCCAAACUCCAAAGUGAUGUUGCUUGAUGGGAAAUGUGAAUAUCCCAGGUUUAUAUAUGCUACCGUCACCAACAUCAACCUUCUGGAGUUAAGAGACAAAGAGUCCACUCAAACUCAGCUGUUUACCACUGACGACGGCAUCCUGUCAUUUGAUCUGGACUGGUACAGAGACUGGCUAUACUGGGCUAACCGAACUGGCCACAUCCAGCGAACCAAUCUUAACCAGGUCAAGACUGAGUUGGUACCAACACCUUUGCCAGUUUGUCUGAUAAAAGUAGACCAGAGGAGUGGGAACCUUUAUUGGGUCUCAUGCGACCAAAACAGCAUCGGCACCACAACGGCCAACAAUUGGUACUCCCGUCAGCUGUACCAAACAACAAAGGAAAUUCGAGACCUGUAUCUGGACUGGCUGAGGGGUAGCAUCCUCUGGUUGGAGGAAGACAGAUUUCUCACCAUGAGCAUGAUGGGAAGCAAAGCCAGAGAGCUACUGCACUUAGCAGGAGGAGUCAAGGGAAACAUUGCUUUCGACCUCCGGGCUAAUAGUCUACUAUGGAACUCGGAGAGGACAGGUUUGACAACACUGAGUUUGCUUCAGGAAAUAAGCCACGUAGCUGGCAGACGAUGGAACAUUUCGGGCUUAGUCGUUGCUGCCUUUGAGCCCUUUCUGUUGUCCCUCUCUGAUGAUGUCAUAACGCUUUGGGACCGGCGUGACGGGAGCCCCAUCCAGGACAUGACCGUGACAGGUCAUGUGUUCAGUGUAAUCACAGCACUUAAGGAUGUCCGUACAGUGCCCAACACUCCAGUCUGCAGUGAACCCUCUGUGCUGUGCCGACGUACAUCAAUCUGCCUCUCACAUACCCAGCUAUGUGAUGGUAAAAAGGACUGCCCUGAUGGAGAUGAUGAGGAUUUUUGUGUAACCACAUGUCCAUCUAAAGAGGAUUUCAAGUGCAAGGACCGUAGGAGUUGUAUCUCCAGGAAUCUCGUUUGUGACGGCCAUCCUCAUUGCAAGGAUGGCUCAGAUGAGGUUGAGUGUUCGAGCAUAGCUUCACCUGCUGCUCGAACAAACGUCCUGAAGUGUCGCAUGGGUUCAAAACCAUGUAAAGAUGGUUCAGAGUGUGUUUUAUACAGCCAUGUGUGUGAUGGGGAAGAGGACUGUCGGGAUGGAUCAGAUGAACAGGGAUGUGAUGCCAAAACGAAGACCGUGACAACAUCCAAACCAAAUAUUUAUCCAUUAUACAACAUUCGUGCUACCACACCUCCUGCUCCAACUGUGCCGGCCUGCCGCAGCCCCUCUGUGCUCUGUCCCCGUUCUGCUGCUUACCUCUGCAUUACUCCGAGCCAGUUUUGCAACGGGCGCAAAGACUGUCCUGAUGGCUUUGAUGAAGAGAACUGCGUGAAAAAAUGUCCCUCUAAAAACGACUUCCGCUGCAAAGACCGUCGAAGCUGCGUCUCAAAUGGCCUGGUUUGUGAUGGUCGCUCUCAUUGCAAUGAUGGCUCAGAUGAGGUUGACUGUAAAAGCGUAGCGCUUCCAGCAGUUCAAGCCAAUGUUCUGAAGUGUCGCCUAGGCUCCAGACUGUGUCAAGAUGGGGCAGAAUGUGUUCUCCUUAGUCACGUUUGUGAUGGAGAGAGAGACUGUCGGGAUGGAUCAGAUGAAGUAGGAUGUGAGAAUGUCCCUUCAAAUGAAUCUCCUGCACCUGUCAAGCCAUUUACUCAGCCUCCCACCAAGCCGUCCUGCACCAGCCCUUCAGUUCUUUGUCCAGGUUCUUCUUUGUGCAUCAACCCAAAACAGCUGUGUGAUGGAAAGAGGGACUGCCCUGAUGGAUAUGAUGAGAACUGUGUAACUAGAUGCCCUUAUAAAACGGACUUCCGCUGCAAAGACCGUCGAAGCUGCGUGUCAAAGAGCCUAGUUUGUGACGGUCGUUCUCAUUGCCAGGAUGGCUCAGAUGAGGUUGACUGUCCAAACAUAGCUUUACCUACAGCUCGAACUUCACCGGCAGCUCAAAAAACUGUUCUGAAGUGUCGCAUGGGCUCAAAACCAUGUAUCGAUGGAAAAGAGUGUGUUUUAUUCAGCCAUGUGUGUGAUGGAGAGAAUGACUGUAUAGAUGGAUCUGAUGAACAGGGAUGCUCCGAAACCUGCAAAAAAGGUGAGUUUCAGUGCUCCCACGGGAAAAUGUGCAUCCCUGAGGCUGAGGUGUGUGAUGGCAAGUCGCAGUGUCGGGACCAGUCUGAUGAACUGGACUGCUGGAAGCAAACAAAGAGCUGCGAGCACCGCUGCAUCGAUGGGAAUCGCUGCAUCCCAAAGAAAUUCCUGUGUGAUGGAGAGAGAGACUGCCUAAACGGCACCGACGAGGUGGGCUGCGACACAGUUACUGCUGCAACAACAGAGUCUCCUGUUCACACUCCUGUAUCAACUUGCAUCACGCCUUCAGUUCUCUGUCCAGGUUCAUCACUGUGUAUCUCUCAAAAUCAGCUGUGUGAUGGACAAAGAGACUGCCCUGAUGGAUUUGAUGAAAAUAGCUGUAUAGCCCAAUGCAAAAACCCAGACGACUUCUUAUGCAGCGACCGGAGGGCAUGCGUCCCCAAGACUAAAGUAUGUGACGGUCGUGCCCACUGUCCCGACGGCUCAGAUGAGAAGCGGUGUCAAUCAGCAAAUCCUACUGCUCCACCCCCCAGUGCCAGAUCAACCCCACUGAUGUGCCGCAAAGGUUUCAAGCCAUGUAAAAAUGGCCUGGAGUGUGUUAUGUACAGCCAUGUGUGUGACGGAGAGAGGGACUGCCAGGAUGGGUCAGAUGAAGAGGGAUGCACUGCUCAGUGCAAAGCAGAUGAGUUCCAGUGUCCUCACGGGAACAGAUGCAUUCCAACGGAGAAGGUGUGUGACGGACAGUACGACUGUCAAGACCGAUCCGAUGAAAUGGACUGUUCAAGUCUAACUGAGGGCUGCCAUCAGCGCUGUGAUAACAACACUCGCUGUAUACCAGAGACCUUCUUGUGUGAUGGCGAAAGAGACUGCGUUGAUGGGUCAGAUGAAGAAAAGUGUGGUUUGGUGGCCUGUGCGAUUAACCAGUACCGCUGUCUUAGCGGUCAGUGUGUGUCUGAGGCCAUGAGAUGUGAUGGAUAUGCUGACUGCAGUGACCACUCUGAUGAGGUGCAUUGCACGAGACCCCCACGCUGCAUGACACAGCUCCAAUGCCCAAACAGCCACGUGUGCCUGCAGAAAGAGUGGCUCUGUGACGGCGAAGACGACUGCAAAGAUGGGUCGGACGAGAAGAACUGCAUGUCAUCAACGGCGAAAUGCAGGGAAUACCAGUGGCAGUGUGGAGACAGCAGUCAGUGCAUACCUCUGUCAUGGACGUGUGACGGAAAGAGGGACUGCCACAACGGCAUGGACGAGGACAAAUGCAGCCAGAGGAAAUGCCCCUCUCACCUUUACCAGUGUGGCAGCGGAGAGUGUGUGGACCCUCACCUGGUGUGUAACGGCUUCACCAACUGUGCCGAUAGUUCAGAUGAGGGCGCGGGAUGUGCUCGACGCAACUGCUCCAGCCCAUCAGCUCCUCGGUGUGACCACCACUGUGUCAGCACCCCAAACGACGCUAGGUGUUACUGUGCUGAAGGUUUUAAACUACCGUCCAGUGGUGUGUCUUGUGUGGACAUUGACGAGUGCAAUGCAGUACCACAUGACGUAUGCAAACACACCUGCCUGAACAGCCGUGGGUCCUACGUCUGUCAAUGCCUUCCUGGCUUCUACCUGGAGCCUGACAAAAAAAGCUGCAAGACCAAAGACGAGCCAUUGCUUCUGGCGUCAGUGCAGUCAGAGCUUUUACUACUGGGAGUCCAUAGUGGCACCUUGCGUCGUUUGUCCUCUGCCAAUCGACCAGUCUUCUCGUUGGAUUAUCACUGGGCUCAACAGAGAGUUUACUGGCUGAGCCCCGACUACCAAAGCAUCCGCUGGGCUGACAUGAUGAACUCCGACAGCCAAGGGACACUCAUCAAAGGAGUAAAGUCAGAUUUCAUUGCGGUCGACUGGAUUGGUAAGAACCUGUACUGGGUGGAUGGACUGGUGGGCCAGAUUCUGACUGUGAAGCUCAGCGACAACGCAGUAAGACCUCAGGACUACACUGUGGUCCUGGGAGAAGAUCUGGAGCAGCCAAGUUCAUUGGUUCUGCUGCCACACAUUGGGAUGAUGCUUUGGUCUGAGAUCGGCAGCACCCCUCAGAUCGAGCGAUCUGGGAUGGACGGCUCAAAGAGGAAGGUUGUGGUAAGCAGAGCCCUGAGCUGGCCAGUCAGUCUGUCCUAUGACCUCCUGGAUAACCGGGUGUAUUGGGCCGAUGAGAAGCUGCGCUGCAUUGGCUCGGCCUCUCUGGAUGGCGACAAUGUUAAGAUCCUCCAGUUAGACGAAACCCCAAGCCCUUUUUCUGUGGCGGUCUUCAAUGACAGAGUCUACUGGUCUGACACUAAAAGAAGAACGAUCCGCUCUGCGGACAAGAACACCGGCAAAGACCAAAAGGUUCUUCUCAAGAGACCAGGGCAGCCAUUUGGGCUGAAACUGAUGCAUACCCUUUCCCAGCCAGCCAUAUCCAGUCCCUGUGACCAGUUACACUGCUCCCACCUUUGCCUCUUGGCCCCUGCGAUGAGCAAGUCUGGAGCACUGGGGUCUCUGGGAGCUCCAGCUGAGAGGGGGCCUACUGCAGUUUGUCGAUGUCCAAAGGGUCUGCUUCUUUCUAAGGACAAGAUUACUUGCUCACUGCCUGUGGAUUCAACAUUCAUCCUGCUUUUGUCUCAUACCACAGUCUAUCAGAUUCACUUGUACUCCAUGCGUCAUGAUGGUGUUCCUCUAAAGAAAAUGCCAGGCAGUCGAGCUUUAGCCUUGCCCGGGGUAACUGAGGCCUCACGACUGGACGUGUCCAUCAAGGGGCUUUCUCUGUAUGUGGCUGAUGCAGGACAAGGGUCUGUCGAUGUGCUGAAACUGAGCAGCUCCAGGUUGAGACAGGCGCUUACACCCUCUGGACAAAUCCUAAAUCUUGGGGAUGAUGUAGUCACGGCUAUGGCAGUUGACUGGGUGACUUCCAGCCUCUACUGGAGCAGCAUUGCAAGUCCUGAUCUCCAUGUGACGUCCCGCCAUGGUGGCUACACCACCUCGCUGCUGCAGGGAUCACUGAAGGGCACUACAUCCAUUGCAUUGCAUCCCCCCUCUGGACGACUUUGCUACACAGCAGUAUUUGUGGCUGGAGGGAAGAACCAGAUAGAGGUGAAGUGCGCUUGGAUGGAUGGCCGCAACAAAGUAGUGCUGUGGAGGAAGUCGAGCAUGCCCACCUCGCUGGUCUUUAACAAUCAAGGAACCAUGGUAUACUGGGCUGACACAGGUGAAGGUGUUAUCAGCUCCAUUUCAGUGGAUGGAACAGGAUAUAAACAGUACAACACAGGGCCAGGUCUGCUGAUCUCCUUGACACAUACUGAGAACAUCCUCCUCUGGGUCACCCUGGACAAUGAUGUAACCAAACUGUGGUUCAGUGACGGUCUCCAGCCAAACCAACUGUGGUUUGAGACAAAAACCAGUGUGGUGGAAGUUAAAGCCUACAGCAACGACAGUCAGUCUGGAACUAAUCGCUGCUCUAACAACGGUGGAUGUCUCCAUCUGUGCCUGCCCUAUCCGGGAGGUCGCAUGUGUAAAUGUGGUAAGGGUUUCUACGCCGUCGAUGCCACCUCCUGUGCCCCGCUCUCCAACUGUUCCACUGGGGAAGAAUCCUGCUUUGAUGGUAGCAAGUGUAUCAGCGGAAGCAAAUUCUGUGACGGACACGUGGACUGUCCAGACCAGUCGGAUGAACAGGACUGUCCAAAGCCAAACUCUUCAUCUUUCGGCAGCAAAUCAAACACCGAAAAGAACUCUGUUCUUUCGGUUAAGGACUCUGUAUCCUGUGAUCUCCAACGCUGCAACGGUCAUGGCAACUGCAUCACAGAAGGCAAAGUCACUCGCUGCCAGUGCAUGGCUGGUUACAAGGGAGAGUCCUGUCAAGAUACAGAACCUGGGAAAAGCCAUGUGGGUGUGAUCCUGGGUGUCCUCUUUCUCAUUGCUGCAUUAAUGUCUGCUGCUUAUAUUUUCGCUAAAAGGAGAGACUGGUUGCCCAUCAGAAGCAGAUCAACAGAGAAAGAUAAUCUGAUGGCCAACAUGGGCCUACCAUUUGAACACUACGAUUCGGACUCUGAGGAGCUCGAGUCACCAGUAGAUGUGAAGAACCCACCGCUAGCGUUAAAGUUAAGACAAGUCAAAUAAGUUCUGCAUUCUGAAAUAUGGCAUUGGAUAAGCUGCUGUGGAUU